CUCCGCUUCAGUGUCUGGUCUUGAGAUGCACCAAUGAGAUUUUGCAUUGCUGGAGCGUCGCCUUUGGGCGGAAGUGGCUUCGUAGAACCGGAGAGGAGAGAUGGGGGUGAAGCUGGAGGUGUUUCGGAUGUCACUCUACCUCACUUUCCCCGUGGUUAUGUUCUGGAUCUCUAAUCAGGCAGACUGGUUUGAAGACUAUGUUGUCCAGCGCAAGAGGGAGCUGUGGCCACGAGAGAAGGAGGGUCAGCGCCAGGAGCUAGAAGAGUUCAAACAGAAGAUCCGGAAGCAGAGGGAAGAGAGACUCCUUCAAGCUGCUCAGCAGAGCUCCUGAGACCUUCAAGUCCUCCACCCAGAAAUAACACACACUCAGUUCUUUAUUACUAGUGCCAAGCAUUUUAUUGUUGUUUUCAGGGGCCGGUGGGGGGCCCAGGGUGGCUAGAACUCUCAAGGAGCUUGUGUCUGGGGUUGGGGGCUGCUGUUCCUGCGGAAGCUGAGUGCAGCAGGGUCCUGAGGGGUGAGCAGGGGUUGAGGGCUGAGGGUCCCAGGUCGUUUCUGCAUUCCAUCCUGCAGAUGAAGAGGGGUCAGACAGAGGGGACCAAGGAAAGAGCAAGCCAGAGGUGCCUCCAAACAACAUUUCCUUUGUGUGCUUCAUCUGCCGAUCAGUGUGGUAUUUGGUAUGAGAUGGUCAGCUCUCCGUGGGGUCUUGAUCAGAACUUGGGCUAUUGGUUUACACCUGUAAUCCUAGCACUCAAGAAGCAUAGGCAGGAGAAUUAUCUCAAGUCCAAAGCCAUCCUGGUCUGCAUAGAAAGUUCCAGGCUUACAACCUUGUCUCGAAAACAAAUAAAUGAGCCGACAAGAUGA